AUGGGCGAAGAAUUACCGGAGAAGCUGAUUUCUGCUGUUAAUUGUAAACAAGGAGCCGUUAGAGCUGUUAGGUUUAACGUCGGAGGGGAUUACUGUUUGACAUGUGGAAGCGAUAAAUCUGUGAGGCUGUGGAAUCCUCAUAGAGGAAUUGCCCUGAAGACAUACACUGGCCAUGGCUAUGAAGUACUAGAUGCACAGUCUUCUAGUGACAACAGUCAGAUCUGCUCUGGAGGGAUGGACAAAACUGUCAUGUUGUUUGAUGUGGCUACUGGCAAAGCUGUUCGCAAAUACAGAGGUCAUGCAGGUACUGUGAACUGUGUAAAAUUCAAUGAGGAGUCUACAUUGAUCUUGUCUGGGUCCAUCGAUAGCACAGUUCGCAUCUGGGACUGCCGUACAAAGAAGAUGGAGCCUAUCCAGAUUUUAGAUGAAGCUAAAGAUGGAGUUACCUCCCUUCAAGUAUCAGAUAAAGAGAUCCUGACUGGAUCGACAGAUGGUCGGAUCAGGAGAUAUGACCUGCGUGUGGGGAAAAUGUCUGUGGAUUUAAUAGGAACCUCUGUGACAUGUGUGAAUUUCACACGGGAUGGUCAGUGUAUCCUGACCAGUACUCUAGACAGCAGUCUAAAGCUCAUGGACAAAGACACAGGGGAGAUGCUGAACGAGUACAAAGGUCAUAAGAAUAAGAGCUAUAGACUGGAAAGCUGUCUAAAUGUCCAGGACACCCAUGUUCUCAGUGGAUCAGAGGAUGGCAAUGUUUAUAUCUGGGGCCUAGUGGAGGCUAAAGUUUUGAAGAAGUUGACUCAUGAACCAGACAAGGCUGUACACUCCAUUGCUUUCCAUCCUGAGGAAACAUGUCUUUUGACUGCCAGCAUGGACAAGAUGUAUGUGUGGAAGUCAAAAUAUGCCCCAAGCAGAGACUGAGAGAGUAUGUUCACGAAGAAUAGAAAUCAAAGUAUUCGAAAAGCUUGACUCGAAAGUGGUACUGUACACCACUAAUGAAAGUGAUACUGUCUACCACUAACUGAAAGUCAAGGUGCUCGGGAUACUUGACUGAGAAGUGACACAAUCCACCACUUAAUGAAAGUCAAGGUACGCGAGACACUUGGAAGGGAAGUGGUACUGUCUACCACAAACUGAAAGUCAAGGUAAACGAGACACUUGGCAGGGAAGUGGUGACUGUCUACCACAAACUGAAAGUCAAGGUACGCGAGACACUUGGCAGGGAAGUGGUACUGUCUACCACAAACUGAAAGUCAAGGUUCACGAGACACUUGGCAGGGAAGUGGUACUGUCUACCACAAACUGAAAGUCAAGGUACGCGAGACACUUGGCAGGGAAGUCACACAGUCUACCACAAACUGAAAGUCAAGGUACGCGAGACACUUGGCAGGGAAGUCACACAGUCUACCACAAACUGAAAGUCAAGGUUCACGAGACACUUGGCAGGGAAGUCACACAGUCUACCACAAACUGAAA